CUUUGAUCGUACUCAUCGUCAACUUUUCCCUUUCUCUCUUCAACGACUCUCUCUCUCUCUCUCUCUGCAACUUCACACUUUCUCUCUCUCCCCCUUCUGGUUCAAGAACUUGGGGUUUUAUUUCUUUCUUGGCAUAUAUUCUCCUUCUUUGCCGUAUAGAAAAAGUUGUUGUGUUUUUGGUUUAGAACUUGAUAGCCCACGUACAAUUUGGUCAGGUUUCUGCUGUUUUUUUCUUUUUUCCCUUCUUUUCCGCAUUACAUGCUUCUCGAAUCAUUUUGAAAGAAAUUUGGUCUUUGUGUGGUACUAUCAGCCUGCAUUCAUCAGUUCUUUCUUGGGGUCUUGAUGUGUCUCUGACUCUGUCUCAGGAUAUUUGCUGGUUAUAGUUAUUGGGAAAGAAUCUGGUAAAUCUUUUCUUGGAGUCCGUGCAUCUAAAUUGUCUCGAAAUUUUAGAGUUCUAUGCAGUUUUCUCUUAAUUGAUGAUUUAGCAGAAAUAUUUUGCCGCUGUAUGUAGAAGUCCUGACCAUCUUAUUUGUUUCGUUGAAUUUAUUGUAAUAAAUGCUUGGUUCGUUGUGGAUUAAUUCUCUGGAAGACUUCAUCAACCUCAGAACCUUUAAUUGCACUGCUUUAGAAGGAAAUGAGGGAUGUUCUCUUGGUUGGGAAGAACAGCGUCUUCAUGUUUGAGCCCCUUGAGUCAAUAUGCCCGUAUGAACAAGGAUGAUGAAGAGGAUUUGGGAGGAGAGAACGAUGCACUUCUCUGGUCCAAAGACCUUGAAAAGCAUUCCCAUGGUGAAUUCUCAUUUGCAGUGGUACAGGCAAAUGCUGUCCUUGAGGAUCAGAGCCAGGUUGAGACUGGUAGACAUGCCACCUUUGUUGGGGUGUAUGAUGGCCACGGUGGCCCAGAUGCUUCAAGAUACAUCUCCGAUCACCUCUUUGGUCAUUUACUCAGACUUGCUCGAGAAAAAGGAGCAAUGUCUGAAGAUGUACUCAGGACUGCAUUUUCUGAGACAGAAAAUGGUUUUCUUACUCUUGUUAGAAGAGCCUAUGCAAUUAGACCAGUAAUUGCAGCAACUGGAUCUUGUUGUCUAGUUGGAGUUAUCUGGAAAAAAACAUUAUAUGUUGCCAACGUGGGCGAUUCUAGAGCAGUAAUGGGUUAUUUAGACAGGUCAAAUCAAAUUGUUGCGGAGCAGCUUACCAGAGAUCACAAUGUCAGUAUGGAGGAGGUUAGAAAAGAACUAAGGAACUUACAUCCUGAAGAUUCAGAAAUCGUUGUAAUGAAGCAAGGGGUUUGGCGCAUCAAGGGCAUCAUACAGGUAUCCAGAUCUAUUGGUGAUGCUUAUCUGAAGAGGCCAGAAUUCUCUCUUGACCCAUCUUUUCCGAGAUUUCACCUCCCUGAACCCCUUCAUCGACCGGUUUUAAGAGCUGAUCCGACGAUAGUGACUAGAGAUUUACAACCAAAUUACAAAUUUCUCAUUUUUGCAUCGGAUGGUCUAUGGGAAUACUUGACUAAUCAGGAGGCCGUUGAGCUUGUCUACAAUAGCCCAAGAGUGGGUAUAGCUAGAAGACUUCUCAUAUGGGCUAUGGAAAAGGCAGCCAAGACAAGGCAGAUGCCGUAUAGCGAAAUAAAGAAACUUGAUCAGGGGGUGAGGAGACACGUUCAUGAUGAUAUUACCAUUGUCAUCAUCUUCAUAGACCAUGAAAUGUUGGAUAGUAAGACCUCCAUACCUGAACUCUCGGUACGAGGAUUUGUAGAUACCGUCGGACCAUCAAAUUUUAACUUUCCAUAAGGGGGAAUACCAAGUCUGAACUAAAAGGUUUUGCUAGUUGAAUCCAAGCAUAUUAGCAAGAUGAUCACUUUGUAUAAAUCUCCUAAUAAGACAGACUGCUUGUAGUUGCUUCUUGGUGUGUUUAGUUUCUGAUUUUGAUUUCUUGAAGAGAUCAUUUCCAGCUUAUUAAGCUCCGAAGAUUGAUUGUUGCUCUUCUGGUGCACUUGUGCUUAGGUUUACAUCCUUAUCAUUAUUGUUUCUUCCUUUCAGAUAUUGUUUUCAUGGUUGUAGCAUGAAUCUUUGUCUUUGAGAAGAAUGGUUAAAGGUUGUAGCAUUUGUCCUGACAAA